AUGUCGUCCACCAGCAACGCCUCCAUUGACAAGUUCAACGGAGACAAUUACGCAACGUGGAGCCGGUACAUGCGCGGUGUGUUUUUGACGAAGUCCGUCUGGCACGUUGUCAACCGUGAAGUGACUCCGACUUUCACCGACCCGCGAGCGUCCGAUGACUACGUCAAGGCAAGCAACGUCGCGUUUGGUAUGAUGCUGCUGCACAUGAACGCGGACUACCAUCAUGUGCUGGACAACUGCGAGGAAGCCUGGGUUGCGUGGACAAGUCUGAAGACGCUGUACGGUGGGUCGCAAAAGGCAGGACGCAUCUACCUCAAGCGACAACUUUUCAGUAUCAAGAUGGCUGAAGGCGCGAACGUCAUGCAUCACUGCAACGAGGUCCUCAACAUCUCCGCCAAGCUUAGCGGCAUCGGUGCGAAGAUGGAAGACGAAGACGUUGCAAUUUGUCUGCUACUCAGUCUUCCGAAGAGCUACGAAAAUGUGGUGCUCAACAUGGAAAUGAGCAGCACCGAGCUUCGCACUCAAGAUGUGGUGAGAGUCCUGACGAAUGAGCAUGCCAAGCGUCAAGGAGAAAAAGGGACAACGACAGCGACUACGGUGAAGGCUGAAGAUGCAAGCAAGGCAUUCAGCGCCGAGCGUGAGCCCUACCAAUGCACGUAUUGUGGCAAGGUGGGACACACGGUGGAUCGUUGCUGGACAAAGCAGAAGAACGAAGGCAAUGGCUACGAUCGAGUGGCGUUUGCAGUCUCGUUCGAAUGUGGAGUUUCGACGAGCAAGGACGUGUCUGGAAUGUGGGCCGUCGACAGUGGUGCAACGCACCACAUUUGCCACGACAAGACCAAGUUCGCAAGUUUGGCAGAGCGCAAUGAGGGCGAACUCUUGGUGGCUGAUGGCAACAAGGUGGCCAUCAAGGGUGUGGGAACCAUCAUGGAAAAGGUGGUUCUGCCCAACGGUGAAGAGCGUGAGAUCGAAAUCAAGAACGCGCUAUAUGUUCCAAGUAUGAGCAAGAACCUGCUCUCGGUGCCACAGAUUAACAGCCAUGGCAAGUUUCAAGUCGUGUUUGACGGGUCCAAGAUGUAUGUGACUCUCAAGAACUCACAGCAAGUGGUGGCGACAGCGGAUCUCGUGGAUGGACUCUACUGGCUUCGGACGACUCAACGAUCAGCGAAUGUGACAACAAGUGGAACCAGUUGUGCCGAUCUACAUGCGAGAAUGGGUCAUGCUCCAGUCGAUGUACUUCGCAAGAUGAUCGCGACCAACAUGAUCAAGGAUGUGCGAGUCCCUCUCAAGUCGGGUGGAGCAACUACAUGUCGAGGAUGUCAACAAGGGAAAAUGGUCCAAAAACCAUUUCCAAGCAACCGAGACAAGCGCAGCUACGAUACGUUUGAGCUACUUCAUCUGGACAUCUGCGGGCCCAUGGAAAAGGAUUCGCUCGGUGGCAGCAAAUAUUUGCUGCUGAUCAUCGACGAAGCCAGUGGAUGCAUGAAGGGCUUUUGUCUACGAGUGAAGUCCGAGAGUGAAGACUACAUCCGGAAAUAUAUCACCAUGGUACAGACGCAAUUCUGUAAGAAGGUCAAGUUCGUGCGACACGACGGAGCUCGCGAGUUUGCAACCAACUCGCUUCAACUGUUCUACGAAGACGAAGGCAUUGAACAGCAGACAACGGUGCCGUAUGCACAUCAAACAAACGGAACAGCAGAGCGUGCCAUUAGGACUAUUGUCACGAUCGGCCGCAGCAUGCUUCAUCAUGCCAAACUGGACAAGUGUUUCUGGGCCGAAGCAGCGAUGACGGCCAUCUACGUCAAGAAUCGACUGCCGUCACCUAAAGUCGUGCACAAGACCCCGUUUGAGAUCGUCUACAACUUGAAACCAAGCGUCAAGCACAUGCGAACAUUCGGGUGUCAGACAUACAUACUGACGCCUAAAGAGAAUCGACUCAAGUGGGAUCCAAAGGCUCGCGCUGGCAUAUUCGUGGGCUACGAAGAAGUUUCGAAGGCAUAUCGUGUUUAUGACAUCGAGGCGGGGCAGGUGGUGUUGCAUUGUAGAUCGGAGCGAGGAAAGCGGAGCAAACGGAGCGGAGAGACCGAAGAGAGUAGAGCAGAAAACACUUGCCCAAUAGUUGGAAGAUUCGAAAGUGAUUGA